AGCCGGCCAAGAUGGCGUCUCAGCAGCAGCAACCCGGCGGGCCGAUGUCGCAGCCCGGACUACAACAGCCUGCUUCAUUACAACAACAGCAGCAACUGAGCCAGCAGCAAGACUUUGAUCCAGUUCAUAGAUUUAAGAUGCUCAUUCCACAGCUGAAGGAGAGUCUGCAGAAUGUGAUGAAAAUUGCAUCCUUGAAUUUGGCCCACAACACGACUAUUGACAACGGCAUCAAAAGCAGUGACACAACUGUGCAGCGCUUUGACAAAAGCCUAGAGGAGUUUUAUGCCCUUUGCGAUCAGCUGGAGCUGUGUUUGCGGCUGGCAUAUGAGUGUCUCUCCCAGAGCAUCGACAGCGCCAAACAUUCACCCAACCUGGUCCCAACAGCCACGAAACCGGACACAGUGCAGACAGAGUCCAUGUCUUACGCCCAAUACCUCGGCAUGAUCAAGUCUCAGAUCUCCUGUGCCAAAGACAUCCACAAUGCUUUGCUGGAGUGCUCCAAGAAAAUCGCAGGAAAGGGACAAACUCAGGGAAUCAUGUAGAGCUGGAUCAGCACUUUCUACAUCUGGGGACAUUUUCAAGAAGGAUAAUGGAUUUGAUUAUUUAGAGCUGUCCCAUAUUCAUAACUCCAUCUGGGUUGACAUUUAUUUCAUUUCUCAAGAUUCUGUUUAUUUGGUUAGAAUGUUUGUUUUUUCAAAAUGUAAGUUGCUUUUCUUGUAAAUGCUGUGUAAAUAUCCUGGAGAAAAAGUCAUGUUCAAAGAUGACCAGCAGGUGGUGGCAGAGUUCUAACUGCCAACUCAAUAUUCACAAGUCUUUUGUAGCGCGUUUGUAUUGAAUAUUAAAACCUUUCUACUGAUA